AUCAGUACUUUCGACUUUUAUUCUUUCGUCACUUAAUACAAACACUGAUCAAAGAUCAUGAUGUUAAAACUUUAUUUCCUUCUGACUUUCUUCGUAGCAGUGUCGUACUGCCAAGACGAUCAAGAAUGUUUAAGUAGAGACUACGGGUACGGUGGUACCGUUUGCGUUUGCAACUCCGACCACUGUGACACUAUCGCCCGCCCCGACAAAGUCGACCAACCCCAGUACCUCAUCUACACCUCCAAUAAAGCCGGCUUAAGAUUCCACAAAGACGUCGGCGAAUUCACCACGUCCGACAGUUCCGGAAACCAAAUCGUCAUAAACCCCGACCAGCAGUACCAGGAAAUUUUCGGCUGGGGCGGCGCUUUCACGGACGCCACAGGGAUCAACAUAGCGUCCUUGGAUGAAGCUCUCCAAGAGAAACUCCUGCGUUCGUAUUUCGCCGAAGAUGGUAUCGAGUACAACGUAGGUCGAGUACCCAUCGGUGGUACCGAUUUUUCCACGCACGGAUAUUCGUACGACGACGGAGAGGAGGACUUGGAAUUGGCCAACUUUGCCAUCGCUGACGAAGAUUUCCAAUACAAAAUUCCGUACAUCAAAAAAGGGAUUGAGUUGAGUGAGUCGAAGCUGGAGUUGUUCGCGUCUGCUUGGACUGCGCCGAAGUGGAUGAAAACGAACGGAGAGUACGCCGGGUUUGGGUACUUGAAAGAGGAAGCGUAUCAGACUUGGGCUGACUAUUUUGUUAAGUUCUUGGAUGGGUAUCAAGAUGAAGAUAUACAUUUUUGGGGGAUUACGACGGGGAAUGAACCACACACGAUUUUGGUUCCGGGGAACAAAAUUAAUACAGUGGGGUGGAACGCUACGGAAUUAGGAAAGUGGAUACAAAAUAACCUCGGGCCUACCAUCAGGACGUCCGACUAUUGGGACAUCCAAAUUAUGGUUCACGAUGACCAAAGACUGUUCUUGCCGGCUUUCGUCGACUCGGUUUUAGAAAAUCAGACCGCCGCGGACUACAUAGAUGGAAUUGCGGUUCACUGGUAUACAGAUUUUUUCACUCCACCGAGUUACCUGACUGACACCCAUGACCACUUUCCGAGCAAAUUUAUUAUAUCUACUGAGGCUUGCAAUGAAGUUGAAGCUGGUAUCGGUCCGGUGGUACUUGGGUCGUGGGACCGCGGCGAGUUGUACUCCAAAGAUAUACUAGAGGUAGUAACAAACUGGGGUGUUGGUUGGGUCGACUGGAACAUGGUACUAGACGAAGCAGGCGGACCCACUUACAUCAACAACACUGUUGAUGCACCCAUUAUCGUAAAUGCUACAGGUGGAGAGUUUUACAAACAACCCAUGUUCUACCAUAUGGGUCACUUUUCUAAAUUCGUACCCAGACCGGCGGUGAGGGUCGAAACUGUUACAAAUGUUACAGGAGACGUCGUCGUCGCAGCUUUCCACAAGCCGUCUGAUGAUGGUAUCGUUGUGGUGCUACUCAACAAGGAAGAAAGUGUAGUACCGAUUUCUCUUGUCGAUGAAACAAGGGGUACUGCUCAGCUGGAGCUUAGUGAAAAAUCUAUUACUACAAUUUUGUAUUGGUAGUACCACACUAGUAGAAAAAUUUAAAUAAAUAAAAUCAAUGUUAUUGAAA